GUUCACUCUCCCGAUGGGACGAAGGAUUGCUGUAACCUGUUGCUCGGGCUUUUAAGAUGCACUCGUCGCAAGUCGCAUCUGAAUGAGGGGCGAGCAAAGCGCCGAGAAAGAGCGGUAUAAGAAGAUGGCUACAGUCUCCCGAAAAUAAGGUCCGCGUCGCAGUCGACCGUUGUCCAAGGAAUCCACUGGCUCAAAGCCCCGAAUUUUCUUCCAGAUAUGCGGCUUCUUGUCGCUCUCCUCGGGGCAUCGCUGCUCUCACUUUCCGUGAUUGCCGACUCAGGCAAGGACAGUGGCCAAAGCCCCAAGUUCUACAACUCAGCGCGUCAUGCAGCCGCUGAUCCUUAUGUCUUUUAUGACUCCGAGAAGGGCCAGUACUACGCGUAUUCCACCGAGGGGGCCGAUGAAGGAUAUCACUUUGCUAUCUACAUUAGCCCAGACCUUUCAACAUGGCGCAAACAUCCAGGAGGCGUCUUGAAAGCUUGUUACGACGAUCAGACGAAACGAAUAGAUGGUGGUCAAGCUUGCUGGGCCCGGGACUGGUUCUGGGCCCCUGAAACCUACUACAACGAGAGAACCGGAUGGUAUUUUUUCAUUUUCGCUGGCCGUUUACGGGAAGAUCUGGCCAAAGAUCACUUCCGAUAUUCCAAAUUUGAGGAGCCCUCCAAGCUAGGAAUCGCCGUCUCCCGCUCGCCUACAGGUCCUUUUAACGAGAUCCGGUCAGAACCAAUUGGCUACUAUCCCUAUGAUCCGGAUUAUCACGACAUCAAUCUGGUCAUGGAUGAUCAGCAAAUGCUGCCACCAGAAAGUCUGGCCCAGGGAGAAGUUGCGCCAAAGGGCACGUACAUACCUACUAUUGAUCCCAACAUUUUCUUUGACAAUGACGGCCGAAUUUACUUAUACACUUCACGAAAUGCCUACCGAAAUUGGAAUUGGGACAGUACACUGAGUAAAUAUAUCGAAGAAUCCAACAUUAUCGUGGUUGAACUAGACCGGAAAUGGUGGGAUGAUCCGUUUGCACAAACGAUGCCAGAGAUCGCGCCGUCUCAAAUCAAUCUACACGCAGACGAUGCUACUGGAGUACCAUCAAACAUCACCUCCUACAACGGCACCGGCGAGAUCGGAAAUCCUCCUCGCAAAGACGGCUGGAAGACGGUCAUUUCCUACGGCGCCGAUCCGCAAGACUGGGAGAAUUUCCACGUGGAUGACUAUGUCAAGUUCAAUGGCACGAAGAAGAAUCGCCGCUGGUCGGAAGGGAGCACGAUCAUCACAAGAAAAGACACUAGCGGCAAGUCGAUAUACUUGCUGACCUAUAGCGCCAACAAUUAUGAAGCUUCCAAUUACGGCGUCGGGUUUGCGACGGCAGAAUCACCUCUGGGACCAUUCAAGAAAUCGUCGAAAAACCCUGUUCUCUCUCAAGCUCCCGAUGGAGACUUGCCUAUCUAUUCAACGGGCCAUGGGAGUAUUGUUGCGUCACCUCCACCCAAUAACAGAGUCAAGUUUAGCGCGCAAGAGGUCACAAGAAAAAGUCUGGAUGGUACAGAGCUGUUCUAUGUACACCAUGCACGAAACGACACCACAAGAGAUCGCUCCAUCUACACCACACGCAUGGAACUCAACGAUUCUGCGAUAUUUUUUGGCUCUGAUGAUGCAAUUAGCAUGGGACUGACACCGCUUGACCAAUCUCUACCUGAAAACACUUACCCAAUCAAGUUUCAAGUCAGUUGCUCCGGUGAUCGAAACUCUGGUGCCCGGUUCGACGUUCGUGUCAUAUCGAAAGCUGGCGCUCCCUUUGACCUCAUGGAGGGAACAAAUAGGGUGGUUUCUCUUCCUGGUGCCAUUGAAGCAACCUCCAUCGAGUCUGCUAAGAGGCGAGACGGUGGAUACAUUCUAAACUUCAACGGCACAUCAGUGAGGGAGCUAGCAUAUCAACGAUUAAGUGUCGACAAAAACUGGGUAACAGUUGAAAGCAAGGAUAUCAGAUGUAAAACAACAAAGCGUCGUUUCCUGACGCAAUUAUGAAGGCGAUUUCACAGGAAUCGGAGACCAGGAUUUAUCGAGCAGUAGCUUAGAGAUUGCCUGAUCUUGUGGGUAAGGUAGCGCCUUCACGUCUUGAAGCACGACGUUCCUCAAACAAGGCAGAAGACGGUCGAUUUGUUUUCAACUAUAAAAUGCACUGUAGAUAAACAUGGUCAUAUUUGACUUAUUUCACUCUCAAAUCAUGUCAAGUUCGACGCCAAGCAUUGAUCCAAAUCUUCCUAGAACAGGAGUGACAUCUCUAAGUCCAGGACAAGAAGUAGUUUGUUCUCGUGCCACGGAUGUCAUAG